CAUGUGGCCAAAUUACGAUAAGACCUCUCCCACAAGCUUCCAUGGCCGUCUCCUUAGGGCUUUGAUCACUCCCCACAGACCGMCGUCUUCUUCGUCUUUUUCUCCGUCACUCCAAGUCGUCGUUAUAUUCUCCUYCUUUCUUUCAUAACUACCCUAUAAGCAACCACAAGGUAAAGAAAGGAGGGGGAAUAUCGAAGGACCUUGGUUUGACUGAAGUAUGAAGAAUUUGACUAGCAUAGGCAACCUGGAAAUUUUAGAUAGUUGAAGGAUGGCAUGAUUAUUCUCUUACUAAUCAUAAGAGUAUAUGUACUUGAAGAAUUGAAGUUAUGAGAUCAUACCUUGGAUCCUGUGCUAUUGCUUGUUCUUAUCUUGGUAAACCAGCGAAAAGGCAAGAUGCCAUCUAAUUAUUUUUCAAGACUGAGAGGUUCAUUCAGACAGGGGAUCCAACGAUCCUAUGUUGUUUUAGAAGGUAGCUUCCUGGACUCAUUGGAAGUUCUACCUGUCAAUGGGAAAUUGUUGUUUGACAAGCCGGCGUUCUACUACAGAACAUUUGCAGCAUUUAGUGACCUAAAUAUUCUAUUUCAACGUGGUACUCCUGUUGCUGCUCAAUCAAAUAUACAGUCGGCUAGUAAAAAAAAGAACCUUUCGGUUGUUGGAGCUGUUUCACGGACAUUAUCAAUCCCAUCUGUGUCAGGGCCACCAUUUCAAGUUUGUGGGUAUCACGUYGAUAAUUUGCUGGCUGGGCGUAGUCGUUUCCCUCUUGGGAUUGGUAGUCAUAAGGUGCCUAUGUCUCUAUCCGGCUCUAAUGCUUUACUUGGGAGAUAUUCUCUGAAUAACUUAACUCCCAGGCGUGGGCAGCUCAUGGUAUCGAUCGACAAUUCUAAUAUUUCCUUCUGUAGAAGUUUCCAAAGUGGCUGCAAGAUUAGYAUGAGUUUGAGAAAUAAGGAACAUCCAGAUAGUUUCUUCCCGUAUGGAUACUUCUUAUGGCAUGUUGCAAAGACAAGUGGUAACUGGAAUCCAUUUGUAGGUUCUGAAUGGAAGGGCUUCCACAUCUCAUCACCAGCAUGUUUUUCUGCAUGUACAGCCCCUAAUGCGUCCYUUGACAACUCUGUAUGUGAUGAUCACCUUACAACUCCUGCAGACUCUAAUGAUAGGUCAAGCCUAGCGAAUAGAUCACUCAAGCUGCUUUCAGGAUCAUGUAGCUUACCCCAUCCUGAAAAGGAGGAAACUGGUGGUGAGGAUGCUCACUUUAUUUGUUCAGACAAAAAAGCUAUAGGUGUUGCUGAUGGUGUAGGUGGAUGGGCUGAACUCGGUAUUGAUGCUGGGAUAUAUGCACGAGAACUUAUGUCUAAUUCGUUAAGCGCAGUACUAGAUGAACCUACGGGUUCUACUGAUCCAGCCAGGGUAUUGGAAAAAGCUCAUUCAAGCACUAAAGCCAAAGGAUCUUCAACUGCAUGCAUUAUUGCACUCACUGAUCAGGGUCUCAGUGCCAUUAAUUUAGGUGACAGUGGGUUCAUGGUGGUUAGAGAUGGAUGUACUAUUUUUCGUUCUCCUGCACAGCAGCACAAUUUCAAUUUCACAUAUCAAUUGGAGAAUGGUAGAAAYGGCGAUUUACCCAGCUCUGGUCAGGUAUUCACACUUCCUGUUGCUCCAGGAGACGUGAUAGUAGCAGGGACUGAUGGACUGUUUGAUAAUUUGUACAACAAUGAUAUUACGGCAGUGGUGGUUCAUGCRGUGAGAGCCGGGUUGGGGCCUCAGGUGAUGGCUCAAAAGUUAGCAGCUUUGGCACAGCAGAGGGCACACGAAAAGGACAGGCAGACACCUUUCUCCGCUGCUGCCCAGGAAGCAGGRUUCCGUUAUUAUGGUGGCAAGCUUGAUGAUAUCACUGUUGUCGUCUCCUAUAUUACCACUUCCAAAGAGGACGAGUCUUCAUCGUCCAGCCCUACGUAGUYGAUUGAGCAGCGAAGAUCUAUGAUGCUGGUAAUCGAACGAACUCCCUUUUUAUGGCCAAAUAUUUUGUAAUGAGUUAUGAUGGAUAUCAGAAAUGUAUAUAUAAUUUACCAUAUUGUGUUAUGUUGUUGAGGGAUAGCAUAAUAAAGUGUAGGGUUAGGGAGUCUGAUCUUUAUACCAAGUGUUUGGAUGUUUUAACUCAUCUUGAAAGCUAUUUUGGUAAUAAAGGGAGGWAGAUGAGAAGGUGAAGGCUUCUCUUUUCUC